ACAGUUGCCCAGCAACAGGUGGUGGCCUCCCUUCCGCCCUCAUCUGAGGCCAGCCAUCUAGAGCCUUCCAGACAGCCACCCUGCACUCUCCCAGCAUGCACAGGGAAGAGUGGCUCAGAAGAGAGAGCCUGGGACUGACCCAAGGCAAGAUGCCUUCAACUCCCCAGCAGCCCUUGGAGCACACAGAAGGACUCCCCAUGUCUGAGGCUGCCUUGUGGCCCCCACUCCCCUGUGGACCCUGUGUUCCCAUCAUGCUAGCCCUGGCCUCCCUGGCUGCCUUCUUCAUCGUGACCACAGCUGUGCUGGCCGAACGCCUGUUCCGCCGCUCACUGCACACAGACGCCAGCCGGCGCCCACACACCCUGGUCUGGCGCCCUGGAGGAGAGUUGUGGAUUGAGCCCACGGGGACCCCUAGAGAACGUUCUGAGGACUGGUAUGGCUCUGCAAUGCCCCUCCUGACGGACAGGGCCCCAGAGCCUCUUGCCCCUGGGGGCACCUUGGAGGCCCGAGCUACUGCGCCCCCUGCCCCUUUGUUCCCACACUCUGCUCCCAGCUCUUUGGUCCUCCAGACUCCACCUGAGGUCCCAGUCCGCAGCACCUUCUGGGGGCCCCAGCCCUGGGAGGAGAGGCCCCACACCACAGGCCUGGUGAGCUGGGGUGGGCCUGAGCUGAGGCCAGAGAUCAACAUGCAGCUUGGGGACCUUCAGGCCCGGAGGCAGCGCCCAGGUAGCCCUGAGCCAGACUGGGGCCUCCAGCCUCGGGUCACCCUGGAGCAGAUCUCAGCAUUCUGGAGGCGGGAAGGCCGGGCCAGUGUGGGAGUUUGAAUCCCCAGGGCCUGCAGGAUAUGCUACCCAGAGACUCCUGCAGAAGGUCCCACUUCAGAGUGACACCGCUUCCCCCAUCCACCCACCCGUCUCCAGCUUUAGGGUUACUCCUGAGCUUGGAUGCUCUCAGGCUUUUUAUGUCUGCAUUUCCAUUCUUCUGAGCCUGGAUGGCAGGCAAGCUGAGCGAGUGUGGACAGCCUGUGCCCCAAGGAACACCCAGAAGUGCCUCAGUUCAACUGCUCAGAUGCUUCAAUGCCUCAGAGAACCAGAGGCAGGGCUGACUGUGGACCAGAAGCAAGAUUGCACUCCAGUGUAAGAACUUAAGGGAGCAUCAGGCAGGAAACAGCAUCAGACCAACCAGUUCACCGUCAGUCAGGAUGUACCUAAGGUGCCAAUAUCCGAGCAGAGGGAUCCAUAGAUCCUGAAUGUGAUGAUGAUAACUGUCCGAGGUGCUGGUGGGAGAUAGCAAGAAUCCAGCUUCCCAGAAAUACAGCUCCUAUCCUUCUCUAGCCACUUAUCCCCGCCACCCCACCACCACCAAGAGGUCCUCCAGGAAAAGCCACACAGAGAACAAGAUCAAGAGCCUUUUGUUACAUAUGAACCUUGGCUUUGAUCUCAAAUGGGAACAAGGAAAUUGCCAAGCUGACUUGAAGGGGUCCUCUCUGAAGACCAACCAGCUCUUCUGCCCAUCUUCUGCCAGCUGCACACACCUCAGCCCUCUGGAUCUUAACUACUCAUGGUGAGGAAACCCUGAGCCAAGAACUGAGUUUGAGCCAAUGUAGAAAGGAGCAUCAUCCUAGGGAAGGCUUGCUCCAAGUGCUGCCUCUCAUUUGCCAUCUUCCCUCCCAGCUUGUUGGAGUGGUUCAGAGUCAGUUUGCCCCAAGACAGACUUAGUUGUAAUGACCUACGCCAUAGAAAUGGAGCCUCAAAUGUGUGUGGGUUAUUGGCUGACCUUGCCUGUAGGAGAGGAGCGAGGGUGGGAGUGCAAUGUAGUUUCUAUUCCUUAGGGGUCUGAUUUCCUAAAUAUCAAUUGUAAAUAUUAGGAUUUUUGCCAUAUCAGUUUAUCACCUGUAGUAUUAUUAUUUACUUUAUAUUUUUCUUUAGGUUAGCUAUUUGCUUAAUAAAUUUACUUUAAAGGAAUUUUUUUGCAUUACUUCUAUAAAUGGAAAACGAGUAUCAUUUGCCAUAAAUAGAAGAUGUAACAUGAAAAUAAAUACAGUGUAGACAAAGUUAUUAAGUUCUAAGUAGACAUUGUUGUCUGCUGGAGGCAUUGACCCCAAACUCUACUCCUUGUUAAAAGAAAAGGGAUGUGCUGGGCAUGGUAGUUCAUGCCUAUAAUCCCAGCACUCAAGAGGCAGAGGCAGGAGGAUAGAGAGUUGGAGGCCAAUCUGGGCUACAUAGUGAGAACUGCCAAAAAAAAAAUGAAUGAAUGAAUAAAUCAGGGUUCCUCACUCAUCUCUAUCUGCCACCCAUGGACUAAGCAAUUAUAUCACUUCUUGUCACCAGCAGCUGACAGGAAUAGGUUGUGGGGACUCUGCCCACAAGGAAUGAACGAUCCACAAAGGAGACAGAAGAGGGACAGGGGUUCAGAGCUUAGAUGCCUGAAUGCCAUGUGCCCAGAGAGCAGCAGGUAUAGAAGGGAAAGUACGACAAGUCCCCUGGCUCUCAAUCUGGCUCCAUCACCUGACUUGCUUAGAAACUUCACAGGAGUGACUUCUGUAUUGGGGACCUCAUCUUCUAUACAAGAAGCUGGAAGUUGAUCAAGAUGCUGGAAGUUGAUUAGAGCUGGGUGUUGUGGCUCACCCUGUAAUCCCAGCGACUCAGGAGGCAGAGAUCAGGAGGAUCAUGGUUCAAAGCCAGCCUGGGCAAAAAGUUCACAAGACCCUAUCUCAAAAAAACUCGUAAAAAGAAAAAAGGGCUGGGGAAGUGGCUCAAGGUAUAGGUCCUGAGUUCAAAUCCCAGUACCACAAAAAAAAAAAGCUCUAUUAGUACCUUUCUAGCUGUGACAUUAGAGGAUGCUAUAAAAUGACAGAUGGAUGG